CCUGCAUAUAAGACUGGACCUCCUAUUCAAAUCAUAGGUAAAGUAAGACAGCAGCACAACCAGAAGACAGACAAUAUUCAAAUCUUAGAUUCCAGUGAAAUUUAAAGAUGGGGAAAACACAGAGUGUCCUUGAGAAGAAAGGAUACACUACUCAGAAGGAGGUAGAGAAUGGUGUCAUAGCUACUGACAAACAUGGUGACCAGUUCGUCAUUAAAGAGAUCAAAUUGUAUGAGACAUCUGUCCUGAACUCAAGUGCUGGAGAAAUUGUCUCAGAGGUUGAAUGCCUCAGACAGAUUAUUCACCCCCACAUUGUAAGCUACAAAAACUCAUUUCUAGAGGAUAACUGCUACUAUAUAGUGACAGACCAUUGUGCAAAGGGAAAUCUCUCUCAGAAGAUACAAGAGCAGAUGACUAACCCUACAGAAGAGUACUCUGAGAAGAUUAUGGACUGGUUUGUCAAGAUCGGCAUGGCCCUGAAGCAUGUACAUGACCAGGGCCUUCUUCACAGAGAACUGAGACCCCAGGUACUGCUAACAGAACAUAUUGUAAAGACUAUUAGUUUAUAGAUAGCCUGMAAAUAAACUUAAAGAAAAAGGAGGGUUGAUAAAAUGUAAGGUUUUAUGUAAAGCCCUGUUUAAAUAAUCAACUGCAUGUUAUGAUUUGUGGGGGAUUGUUGACU